AUGGGUAACACUGGAAGUUCAUUAACCGAUCUUAAUUUAUUUUCAAAGGGUGGCGUUUUCACGCGAGAACAACUCGAUGAAUAUCAGGAUUGUACUUUUUUCACAAGAAAAGAUAUAUUACGUUUAUAUAAACGAUUUUACACUUUAAAUCCGGUUAAAGUACCAACAAAUAUGCAAGGAACAAGGCCUUCAAUCAUUACUUUGUGCUUUGAGGAAAUUGAAAAAAUGCCCGAACUUAAGGAAAAUCCAUUCAGGCGUCGUAUUUGUCAGGUAUUCUCAGAUGAUGGAUGUGGCAAUCUUACUUUCGAUGAUUUUCUCGAUAUGUUUUCUGUGUUCAGCGAAAUGGCACCAUUACAACUAAAAUUAAAAUAUGCCUUUAGAAUUUAUGAUUUUGAUGGCGAUGAACAAAUUGGACAUGAUGAUCUAUGUAAAGUGAUCCGAUGCCUUACGAGAGAUGAACUUACCGAUGAAGAAGUCGAAUUUAUAAUUGAACGGGUGAUUGAAGAAGCUGACCUAGACGGCGAUGAUCAAAUCUCUUAUGCUGAAUUCGAGCACGUCGUCUCUCGUUCACCCGAUUUCAUUCGUACCUUUCAUAUUCGAAUAUAA